UGGACAAACGUGCGGGCACUAAGACCGCAAGGCAUUCAUUUCCUCCUACAGUGGAUGCGGACGCCGGGAGGAGAGCCCCUGAGCCAGGAGCUGGGAGCCGAGGCGCAGAGAACACGUAGCGACUCCGAAGAUCAGCCCCAAUGAACAUGUCAGUGUUGACUUUACAAGAAUAUGAAUUCGAAAAGCAGUUCAACGAGAAUGAAGCCAUCCAGUGGAUGCAGGAAAACUGGAAGAAAUCUUUCCUGUUUUCUGCACUGUAUGCUGCCUUUAUAUUUGGUGGUCGGCAUCUGAUGAACAAGCGAGCCAAGUUUGAACUACGGAAGCCGCUAGUGCUCUGGUCACUGACUCUUGCAGUCUUCAGUAUAUUCGGUGCUCUUCGAACUGGUGCUUACAUGGUGUACAUUUUGAUGACCAAAGGCCUGAAGCAGUCAGUCUGUGACCAGAGUUUUUACAAUGGACCUGUCAGCAAAUUCUGGGCUUACGCAUUUGUGCUCAGCAAAGCACCCGAACUAGGAGAUACGAUAUUCAUCAUCCUGCGGAAGCAGAAGCUCAUCUUCCUACACUGGUACCACCACAUCACUGUGCUGCUGUACUCUUGGUACUCCUACAAAGACAUGGUGGCUGGGGGUGGUUGGUUCAUGACUAUGAACUAUGGCGUGCAUGCCGUCAUGUACUCUUACUAUGCCUUGCGGGCUGCGGGUUUCCGAGUCUCCCGGAAGUUUGCCAUGUUCAUCACCUUGUCCCAGAUCACUCAGAUGCUGAUGGGCUGUGUCAUUAACUACCUGGUCUUCAACUGGAUGCAGCGUGACAACGACCAGUGCUACUCCCACUUUCAGAACAUCUUCUGGUCCUCACUCAUGUACCUCAGCUACCUUGUGCUCUUCUGCCAUUUCUUCUUCGAGGCCUACAUCGGCAAAAUGAAGAAAACCACGAAGGCUGAAUAGGGUCAGAACUGAGGAGGAAGACAUAGCUCAGGGUCAUCACGAAAAAUAACAGACAAAAGAAAAUGGCACAAGGAACCAUAUGGUGCAGCUAAAACAAAACAAAACAUACGUAGGAGCAGACACAACCCGAGGCAGCUUGGGAGCAAUGAUUAGUUUGACUUUAACCCAGUAAGUUUAUGAUCCUUUUUGGGUGAGGACUCACUGAGCACAUCUCCGUCUCAAAGUACUGCUGCUGAGGGACCCCCUUCCCUCUUAUCUGUCAACUCUAGAACACACUUGAUCCAAAGGGAGCCACGGGCAGAGCGAUUAGUGGAAAACAAGCAAAACACUACAGGAAGAGGGGAAAAAUCAGUUCAGAGUUAUUUUUCUCUAAGGGUAAAGGAGUUCCCCUUUUCAAACUAUGUG